UCCUAGAUAGAUACUGUAGAAAUGGACAAGAGGAGGAAGCAGCGUGUUGUGGUGGUGGGAGGUGGCAUUGCCGGGGUGCAUGUGGCAAAAGCUCUUGAAUCGGAGGCCUCGGUUUCGCUGAUCGAUCCGAAGGAUUACUUGGAGAUACCUUACGGUGCUCUCCGAAACACAGUCGAGCCUUCAUUCGCGGAGCGAUCCAUCGUUCCAUACUCGGAGUUUCUGACGCAAGUGGAGCUCGUCCAAAGCGCGGCCGUGAGUGUGAGCAGUUCUCCUGCUCAGGUCUCGACUAGCACCGGCCGAAAACUCCCUUACGACUUUUUGGUCAUCAGCACCGGAUCGCAUGCCAAGGGUGCACCCACUAGACGAGACCGCAUUCAAGAAAUCUUGGCUGACCAUGAGAGGCUGAAGGGAGCAAGUUCGAUUCUCGUCGUUGGUGGAGGUCCCGUCGGCGUGGAACUUGCUGGAGAGAUUGUCACGGACUUUCCCGAGAAAAGCGUAUCUUUGGUACAAGGCGGUCCUCGGCUCAUCGAGUUCCUCGGCCCCUCGGCUUCCACCAAGGCUCUCAACUGGUUGACGUCCAAGUCUGUCCGGGUUCUUCUGAAGGAGCGAAUCACAAGCUCGGCCUCGCCACCAAUCUUUACCACAGAGUCCGGGAAGCAAAUCCCAGCGGACACACACUUUGUGUGCACGGGUUCCAGGCCCAGCAGCUCCUGGCUCAAGGGCACCUUCCUGGAGGACUCCCUCGACGGCAAUGGAAGGUUACGGGUCGACUCGGCGCUACUCGUGAGUGGAACGCGGAACGUGUUUGCGUGUGGAGACAUCACCGACCUGAAGGAGAUUAAGCAAGGAUUUCUCGCCGAGAAGCACGCCAAGGUCGUCGCCGCAAACAUCCGAAAGCUGACCAAUGACGCUGAUUGCGGCGACUUAAGGUGCUACUGUCCGCUGGAACGGGCAAUGGGACUGGUUUCUCUGGGGCGUCACGCAGGAGUAGCUCAACUUCCCUUUGGAACUUUUGUUGGCUGGAUCCCUGGCCUUGUCAAGAGCCGGGACUUGUUCGUUGGGAAGACCAGGAAGGGACUUGGCCUUCGCAGCUGAAAAAAAGAGCUCCGCGUUUUAGGCUA